AUGGGGAAUAUACGUAUUUAUGAUUAUGUUAGUUUAACCAUUAUUAUCAUUUGUCCUCAGAUGAGUCCCACCGUUCAGUACACAGUAGCGGAGAACAACACAGCCACAAUCAGUAGCGGUGCUGCAGUGCGCAUCCACACAGGACUGAGACUGCUGUCAGCAUUACCCUUCCUCUGCACUGUGGAAGCGACGUUGUUGUUGUUCUCUGAAUUGGGUACAGAUGAUGAAGUGGUGGUUGGUGCUUCUGUGGUAGUAUUCUCGGUGCUCGGCGGAAUAGUGGAAUUGGUUACUUGUGAGGCUGAUGGGGCAGCUGCAGGAGGUUGCUGGGUAAGAUUAGAGUCGGCAGGUGUACUGUUAUCAGCUGUGCUGCCCGAUGCUCCUUGA